AUGUCCAAAAAGUCCAGCAGUACAGUAUCAGCUUUUAGCGCAUUUCAAAACUUCCAGGAAAUGUUUUCGUUCCUGGCAUUGUCUGCUCUUGUUGCCGUUGACGUGUGUUACGGCCAAAGUACUUGGACAUGCACUGCAAAUACAGACGCUGUCCCUUCAAGUUCUUGCUCGAAGAAAAUGGAAGAGAAAAUCAAUUCUUUAGAACUUCAAAUACAGCAACUGCAGAAGCUUGUCCAACAACAAAACGUAUCGCCUUAUACGACAAUCGAAGGCUUUCCAAGAGAUUGCUCGGAGAUAUAUAAAAACGGUACCAGACAAGACGGUGUUUAUUCCAUCUCGCCAGACGGGAGAUGCCCAUUCUUUGUGUUUUGUGACAUGGCAAAUGGUGGCUGGACAUUAAUUCAAAAACGUGCGGAUGAUAAGAUAAAUUUCUACCGGUCAUGGGAUGAUUACGUAAAUGGCUUUGGAGAUAUCGAUGGGUCACAUUGGCUUGGUUUAGAGAAAAUUCAUCGUCUUACUAUUGGUGGCAGUCAAAUUUAUUUUGACAUGGAGAAUUAUGAGGGGGAAAAAGAGUAUGCACAUUAUAAGGUUUUCACCGUUCACGACGCAACAACUGCCUACACCAUGAACGUAAAUGCAUUUAAUUAUGAGGGGAAUAUUGGCGAAUUGUUCAGUUACCAUAACAAUAUGAAAUUUUCAACAUAUGACAGGGACAACGACGCUUCUUCUGGUAAUUGUUGUCAGAAGUAUCUGGACGGUGGCGGAUGGUGGUAUAAAGAAUGUUAUAGAUUGGGAAACUUAAAUGGAGUUUAUGGGAAACGAGAGCAGGGAGGUAUUGGCUUAUGGACGACAAAAAACGUUCCCGUGAAAAAUGUCCUUAUCAAGGUGAAAAACAUGCACGGACAAUGUUGAAAAGAGCAAUGUUAUUUUUUUUUUUGCUUCUCAGACUUUACUUUAAACUUUUGAGGAAUGCUGUCUUAAGUUUUCAUAUUUAGUGGGGUUUUUGUGAUCCCUGAAGUAGCUUUCCGUACAAAUCGUCAGUAGAAAAAUAAAGGAAACUGAUGUU